UUUUUUCUCUGUGUCAAAAGUCAAUUUUCAAUUUUCAAAAAUAUUUUGCUGUUUUGUUAUUUUUUUUAUUAUAAACUUUGCGGGGAAAAUUGUUUACACUUUCUUUUGCAGUAGCAGCAAGCAGCAUUCACCUAAAUAAAGAUAAUAUUAUCCUAUUAUGUGAAAAGUCUUUUAAAGGACGUCAAUAUAUAAAAUGAAUAAUUCUGCUGCAAAGGUUGGUGAGAUUUUUACUGAGGCUGGUGCUGCAUUCAAUAAAUUGGCAGAAAUGACCAUGAUGCUUCACCCAAUGGCUGAACAGCAAUCUAGCUCUCAGUCAAAAACACCAGUUAAAAAGAAGGUCCAUGAGGAACGCAUGACACCCAUUAGCAGCAGUAGCUCUGGGCAGGUAACACUUAACAUGCUAAAUGCUUCUGAAAAUGAGAUGGAUGUUGAAGGACUUGGUAAUGAUGUAAAGCUAGAGUUUGAAUCUAGUACAGAAGAGGUUACAACUUAAAUUAAAUCAUUAAGCUGUGAAGAUUUGAUUUCAAUUGUAUUAAAAGAAUUUAAGAAAUGUUA